UGGUACAACCCUGCCCUCACCAGUGAUAUCAAAUAAGAACUGGCUUCGGAUACAUUUCACCUCAGAUAGCAACCAUCGAAGAAAAGGGUUCAGUGCUCAAUACCAAGUGAAGAAAGCAAUAGAGUUGAAGUCCAGAGGGGUGAAGAUGAUGCCCAGUAAAGACUCCAGUCACAAAAAUGCUGUCUUGGGUCAAAGCGCUCUUGCUGGGGAUGUUUGUCCAGAUCCUGGAGUUCCAGAAAAUGGCAAGAGGAUGGGCUCAACUUUCCAAAUUGGAUCCAGCGUCCAGUUCAGUUGUGAUGACAGCUAUGUACUACAAGGAUCUAAAAGUAUCACCUGCCAACGAGUCACUGACACACUGGCUGCCUGGAGUGACCACAGACCCAUCUGCAGAACUCGUACCUGUGGCAGCAAUCUAAGGGGGCCCAAAGGGGUCAUAACUUCUCCUAACUACCCUGUUCAGUAUGAGAACAAUGCACACUGUGUGUGGGUCAUCACUGCAAUGGACUCUGAGAAGGUGAUAAAGCUGUCAUUUGAAGAGUUUGACCUGGAAAGAGGAUAUGACACACUAACUGUAGGAGAUGGAGGGAAGAUAGGAGACACUCGGCGGGUACUCUAUGUACUUACUGGUUCCAGUGUCCCUGACCUCAUCGUUAGCCUGUCCAAUCAAAUGUGGCUCCACCUACAGUCAGAUGAUACAAUUGGCUCUGCGGGGUUCAAGGCAGUCUAUGAAGAGAUCGAACGGGGAGGCUGUGGAGAUCCUGGGGUGCCAGCAUUUGGUCGCCGUAGUGGUAAUCGCUUUCAGCAUGGUGACGUGUUGACCUUCUUUUGCCAGUCGGCAUUUGAACUAGUGGGAGAGAGGACCAUCACAUGCCAGCACAAUAACCAGUGGUCUGGCAAUAAGCCCAGUUGUAUUUUCUCCUGUUUCUUCAACUUUACGGCUCCAUCAGGGACUAUAUUGUCCCCAAACUACCCAGAGGAGUAUGGGAACAACCUGAACUGUGUGUGGUUGAUUAUCUCUGAACCGGGCAGCCGCAUUCAUCUUCUCUUCUCUGACUUUGACCUGGAGCCACAGUUUGACUGGUUGGUGAUCAAAGAUGAAGGCCUGUCUGAGCCACAAACAUUUGGAACAUUCUCAGGAAAAGAUGUUCCAUCACAGAUCGCCUCGAAUGGACACAUCAUGAGACUGGAAUUUCAAUCUGAUCAUUCUAAUACUGGAAAAGGCUUCAAUAUCAGCUAUACCACAUUUGGUCAGAAUGAAUGCCAUGACCCAGGAGUUCCUGUCAAUGGUCAAAGGUAUGGUGACCAGUUUCAGCUUGGAAGCUCCGUGGCUUUUCACUGUGAUCAAGGAUUCAUUAGGACACAGGGGUCUGAUCAGGUCACUUGCAUCAUCCAGGAGGGAAACGUUGUUUGGUCUGCGGCUGUGCCUCGCUGUGAAGCUCCAUGUGGAGGCCAUCUUACAGCCCCUACUGGUGUUCUGCUGUCUCCUGGUUGGCCCUCCUUUUAUAAAGACUCUCUGAACUGCCAGUGGGUAAUUGAAGCACAACAAGACCAUGCUGUGAAGAUACACUUUGACAGGUUCCAGACUGAGGUCAACUAUGACACACUGGAAAUCAGAGAUGGCCCCUCAGCCUCCUCUCCCCUCAUCGGUGAAUACCACGGCACCCAAGCACCUCAUUUCCUGAUUUCCACAUCCAACGUCUUGUUCCUGUUGUUCACGACAGACAACAGCCGCUCUGCAGCAGGCUUUAGCAUCAGAUAUGAAAGUGUGAAAAUGGAGUCAGACUCUUGUCUUGAUCCUGGAAUCCCAGUCAAUGGUCGUCGCCAUGGCAGCAGCUUUUCCAUUGGCUCCCGUGUCUCAUUUGCAUGUGAUCUAGGAUACACACUGAGUGAUGAGGAGCCAAUUGUUUGCGAAGAGAAUCACCAGUGGAGUCACGCUCUUCCCAGUUGUGAUGCCCUUUGUGGAGGUUAUAUCUUUGGUAAAACGGGGACAAUUCUGUCUCCUGGCUUUCCUGACUUUUACCCCAAUUCUCUUAACUGCACUUGGACCAUAGAGGUGUCUCAUGGGAAAGGAGUCCAUCUGGUUUUCCACACUUUCCAUCUGGAGGAGAACCAUGACUACCUUUCCAUCACUGAGGACAGCAAUUUCCAGGUUCCAGUAGCUCGACUCACUGGCUCAGUGCUGCCACCUAGUGUCAAAGCAGGGCUCUAUGGGAACUUCAGCGCUCAGCUACGUUUCAUUUCGGAUUUUUCCAUGAGUUAUGAAGGCUUUAAUAUUACUUUCUCAGAGUACGACUUAGAGCCAUGUGAGGAUCCCGGUGUACCAGCGUACAGCAGGAGGAUGGGAUUCAGAUUUCGGGUUGGUGACUCGCUGGCCUUCACUUGUUUCAGUGGUUACCGACUUGAGGGAGACAGCAAGAUCACUUGUCUGGGAGGAGGCAGGCGAGUCUGGAGCAACAUAUUACCACGAUGUAUAGCGGAGUGUGGAGCCUCCUCACUAGGACCAGAAGGUGUUCUGCUCUCUCCUAACUUCCCUUCCAACUACGAUAACAACCACGAGUGCAUCUACCGCAUCACUACCGAAAAGGGCAAAGGAAUCAGGCUAAAAGCUGAGAGCUUCUUAUUGCAAGAUGGAGACUAUCUCAAGGUGUAUGAUGGAGAGAACACUUCAUCCCGUCUUCUUGGCAACUUUACAUAUGAUGGCAUGAUGGGUCAUGUCAUCAAUAGUACAUCCAAUCGCUUGUGGCUGGAAUUCAACAGCAACACCUCUGGAACCAAUCAGGGCUUCCGCCUCACAUACACAAGUUUUGACUUGGUACGCUGCGAGGAACCAGGUGUCCCUAGUUAUGGCUAUAAGAUCCAAGACGAUGGCCAUUACGCCAACACUUUAGUCCUGUACUCCUGCAACCCUGGAUACAGUCUCCAUGGCAGCAGUACACUGACCUGUCUUAGCGGGGACAGACGUGUCUGGGACAAACCACUUCCUUCCUGUCUUGCCGAGUGUGGAGGUCACAUAACCGGAGCAGUGUCAGGACGGAUUCUGUCUCCAGGAUAUCCUGCUCCAUAUGACAACAACCUCCACUGUACCUGGACUAUAGAGGCUGACACAGGCAAAACAAUCAGCCUCCACUUCAUAGUCUUUGACACUGAGAUUGGCCACGAUAUCCUGAGAGUUUGGGAUGGUCCAUCUGCACCAUCAGACGGGGGGAUCCUAUUGAAAGAAUGGUCAGGCCCAGCCUUACCUGAAGAUAUCCACUCAACAUUCAACACACUCACACUGCAGUUUGAUUCUGAUUAUUUCAUCAGCAAGCAAGGAUUUUCAAUACAAUUUUCCACCACUACAGCAACAACAUGCAAUGACCCAGGCAUCCCUGUAAAUGGUUCUCGAUAUGGGGACAGUAAGGAGCCUGGUGACAGUAUGACAUUCCAGUGUGAUCCAGGCUAUCAGCUGCAAGGCCUAGACACCAUCACAUGUGUACAGAUGGAUAACAGAUUUUACUGGCAACCUGACCCUCCAACCUGUGCCGCAACAUGUGGGGGUAACGUCAGCGGUCCUUCUGGAGUAAUUCUGUCUCCCAACUAUCCCCAACCUUACCCCCCUGGGAAAGACUGCGAUUGGAGAAUAAGAGUCAACCCUGACUUUGUUAUUGCUCUCAUCUUUAAAAGUUUCAACAUGGAGCCAAGUUACGACUUCCUGCACAUCUAUGAGGGUGAAGACUCUAAUGGGCCGUUACUAGCAAGUCUCCAAGGCAACCAUGCCCCAGAGCGAAUAGAGAGCAGUAGUAACAGUCUCUUCCUGGCAUUCAGAUCUGAUGCCUCACUGGGCAUGUCUGGGUUUGCCAUCGAAUUUAGAGAAAAACCAAGAGAGGCCUGUUUUGACCCUGGUAACAUUAUGAAUGCCAGUCGGUCAGGAUAUGACUAUAAACUGGGAUCUCAGGUCUCCUACAACUGUCACCAUGGCUACACAACAGUGGGCGGAGAUACCAUCACCUGUGUCAUGGGGAAUGAUGGGAAGCCGGUAUGGGACAAGGCUCUGCCUUCAUGUAAAGCUCCAUGCGGAGGACAGUAUGGUGGAUCUGAAGGAGUAGUUUUGUCUCCAAACUAUCCUCUAAACUACACUACAAGACAGACUUGCUCCUACUACAUCACUGUGUCCACACAGUUUGUGGUGUUUGGUCAGUUUGCUGUUUUCCAGACAGCAAUGAAUGACUCAGUGGAGCUGUUUGAUGGAGCCAAUGAGAAUGCUCGAUUGCUCAGCUCCUUGGCUGGGUCACAUUCAGGAGAGACAUUGCCAUUGGCAACUUCCAAUCAGAUCAUGCUGCGGUUCAAUGCUAAGAGUGGCCAGUCAGCUAGAGGUUUUCACUUCGUCUACCAAGCUGUGCCUCGCACAAGUGACAGUCAGUGCAGUUCAGUGCCAGAGCCUCGGUAUGGCAGGAGAAUUGGUUCAGAGUUCUCAGCUGGCUCUGUGGUUCGGUUCGAAUGCAGUCCAGGGUAUCUACUGAAAGGAUCCAGUGCUAUCUGGUGCCAGGCCGUGCCAGGUGCUCUUGCACAGUGGAAUGCAACAACACCAAGCUGUAUAGUUCCCUGCAGUGGCAAUUUGACUGAACGUCGCGGUACAAUACUGUCUCCUGGCUAUCCUGAACCCUACCCAAACAGUCUUAACUGUCUGUGGAGGAUCCAUGUCAGUGAAGGGGCUGGGAUACAGAUCCAAGUGAUGACAUUUGCUACUGAGCACAACUGGGACUCUCUGGAGAUCUACGAUGGAGGAGACAUGACAGCUCCCAAAUUAGGGUCAUUUUCUGGAACCACUGCUCCCGCCCUCCUCAACUCAACGUCCAAUCAACUCCUUCUGCACUUUCAGAGUGACAUCAGUGUUGUGGCUGCAGGUUUUCACCUAGAAUACAAAACUGUUGGUCUUACCACUUGUCCAGAACCAAUGAUCCCAGCCAAUGGCAUCAAAGCAGGAGACAGAUAUAUGGUCAAUGAGGUGGUGGCAUUCACCUGUGAACCUGGGUACACAUUACAGGGCCACUCUCACAUUUCAUGCAUGCCUGGGACUGUGCGUCGAUGGAACUACCCACCUCCUCUUUGCAUAGCUCGUUGCGGCGGGAUCUUGUCUGAGAUGAGUGGUGUCAUCCUCAGUCCAGGUUUCCCUGGCAACUACCCUGGCAACCUGGACUGCACCUGGCAAAUCACCCUGCCAACUGGUUAUGGAGCCCAUAUUCAGUUCCAAAACUUCUCUUCUGAAGACAACCAUGACUUUCUAGAGGUCAGGGCUGGACCACAGCACAGUUCUGCUCUUAUUGGACAGUUUACUGGCUCGCAGAUCCCACUUCCUUUGCUGAGCACUACCCACCUGACGAUCAUCCACUUCUACAGUGACCACUCAGAAAACAGGCCAGGGUUCAAACUGACAUAUCAGGCCUAUCAACUUCAAAACUGUCAGGACCUCUUUCCCUUCCCCAAUGGUGACAUCAUCAACAGUGACUACAGCGCUGGGCAAUCAGUAACUUUUCAGUGCUACCCUGGCUAUGUUUUGAUCGGACAUCCAGUACUAACAUGCCUGCACGGGACCAACCGGAAGUGGAACCAUCCAUUUCCACGCUGUGAGGCUCCUUGCGGCUAUAAUGUCACGGCUGAAAACGGGACAAUCUAUUCACCUCAGUACCCAACUGAAUACCCCAACUCCCAAGACUGCAGCUGGAUCAUCACUGUUCCUCAUGGACAUGGAGUUUAUAUCAACUUUACCUUAUUGCAGACAGAGCCUGUUACUGAUUACAUCGCUGUCUGGGAUGGCCCAGAUACGUCUAGUCCUCAACUGGGAGUCUUCAGUGGCAACACGGCCUUAGAGUCGGCCUACAGUACCAGCCCAAAGGUCCUGAUCCGUUUUCAUUCUGACUUUUCAACUGGAGGGUUCUUCAUUCUCAACUUCCAUGCCUACCGUCUGAAGAAAUGCCCUGCUCCCCCUGUUGUGGAGAAUGCAGCCAUGAUCUUUGAAGACGAAGACUUCCGGAUAGGUGACAUUGUGAAGUACCGCUGUUUACCUGGAUACACACUGGUCGGAAAGGCAGAGCUGAUGUGUAAACUAAAUUCCCAUUUGCUUUUUGAAGCCCCGGCCCCAACAUGUCAAGCACAGUGCCCAGCCAAUGAAGAGCGGUCUUCGUCAUCAGGAGUGAUUCUAAGCCCCGGGUUUCCUAGCAACUACCCAAACAGCCAGACAUGCUCCUGGCUGCUUCAUAUGGUUCCAGGUUACACCAUCAAUAUUUAUGUAGAGAUGUUCCACAGCGAAAAACAGUUUGAUGAACUGGAGAUUUUUGAUGGAUCCUCAGGGCAGAGCCCUUUGCUUGUUGCUCUCAGUGGUAACCACUCAUCUCAGCUAAACUUCACAUCUAAAACAAACCAGCUCUACUUACGAUGGUCCACUGACCAUGCAACCAACAAGAGAGGAUUUAAGAUACGAUACUCAGCUGCCUACUGCAGCAUCAACGAUCCUCCAGUAAAUGGUGGCGUGGUCAACCAAACCAAACUCCGUCCAGGUAGCAGACUUCAGUUCUAUUGUAACCGUGGGUACCGUAUGAUAGGCUCAAGCAAUGCCACUUGCAGGCUCCACCCCAAUGGGCUUUUCCAGUGGGAUACACCACCACCUUUUUGUCAAGCUCUCUCAUGUGGAAUCCCUCAGUCGCCGGGCAAUGGCAGCUUCCAUGCUAACCAGUACACCGUUGGUAGUCAGGUCACCUACCAUUGUAACUAUGGUUUCCACCUUGAUCCUGGUGCUCAAAUGACUGCUGUGUGUUUGGAGGAUGGCCGCUGGAGUAACGCUGCCUCCGCCCCCAGAUGCCUACCCAUCCACUGCCCCAGCAUUGAGGGCACCUUGUCAGAUCAUAUGACCUUCCGCCUGCUCUCUGGUAGGUUGGGAGAGUUUGGUUCUAUGGUGAUGCUGGAAUGCUCAACAGGGUACUAUUUAGGCAUGGGGCAUCGGACUCUUCGCUGCCUUGCCAACGGAACCUGGGAGGGGACGGAUGACCUAGCUACAUGCAAAAUCAUCUCAUGUGGAGAGCUUCCUUCUCCACCCUUUGGUACCAAACUGGGGACGUUGACCACAUUUGGAGCAACUGCAAUCUUUGUGUGUAACCAUGGUUACACACUGGUGGGGUCACAUGUCAGAGAAUGCGGUGCUAACGGGCUGUGGAGUGGUACAGAGACCAGGUGUCUAGCUGGUCACUGUGACUCUCCAGAUCCUAUAGUCAAUGGGCACAUUAGUGGAGAUGGCUCUAGUUACCGGGACACAGUGGUGUACCAGUGCAUGUUAGGAUAUCGCCUGAUCGGCACAUCCGUCAGGAUCUGUCAGCAAGACCAUCGGUGGUCUGGAACAACACCUGUUUGCGUCCCUAUCACUUGUGGUCACCCUGGCAACCCAGGCAACGGGCGGACUAAUGGCAGCGAGUUCAACCUCAAUGAUGUUGUCAACUUCACCUGUAACAGAGGUUACAUCCUCUGUGGAAAUGCUCGAGCCCAGUGCCGACUCAACGGACAGUGGAGCAGCCCCCUUCCCGUCUGCAAAGUGGUAAACUGUUCUGACCCCGGUCAUGUGGAGAAUGGUGUGCGCCAGUCUGGCCAACGUUACCCAGAAGUCUUCAGCUAUGGUGUAACUGUGGCAAUCCACUGUAAACGUGGCUUCUACCUCCUUGGCUCUGCGCUCCUCACAUGCCAGCAUGAUGGACGGGCGGACCGACCAAUCCCUCGCUGCCUAGCUAUUUCCUGCGGUGACCCGGGUGUACCCCCUAAUGCAGUAUUAUCUGGAACCAACAGUUGGACAUACGGUUCAGUACUGCAGUACUCAUGUCUGCCUAGAGGGGUGCUGGUGGGCAAUGCUACCCGCCACUGUCAGGAGGAUGGCACAUGGAGUGGACCGCCACCAUACUGCACUGGUGUUACUCCAGGAAUCUGUGGAGACCCAGGGAUCCCUCCCCACGGUGCCCGUCUGGGCGGGGAAGAAUUUAAAACCAAGAGCCUGCUGCGUUUCAGCUGCGAGGCGGGAUAUAAUCUGAUUGGCUCAGCCGAAAGGACCUGCCUUCACAACAGCACCUGGAGCGGCACACAGCCGGUCUGUCAAGCUGUAUCGUGUGGUAACCCCGGCACCCCAGCACACAGCAGAAUUGUCUUCAGUGAUGGCAUCACCUUUGGCAGCUCAGUUGCUUAUGCAUGCUGGGACGGCUUCAAAACAUCAGGCCUGACCACCAGACACUGCACAACAAAUGGGACAUGGACAGGACAACCCCCAGACUGCACUGUGAUCAGUUGCGGAGAUCCUGGCCCAGUAGCCAAUGGGAUUUAUCUAGGAAGUGAGUUUGCCUUUAACCACACGGUGACAUACCGCUGUAACCCUGGUCACCUGAUGGAACCCCCUGGACACAGUGUUCUGCGCUGCACUAAAGAUGGGACUUGGAACCAAACCAAGCCCAGCUGUAAAGUGAUCCAGUGUGGAACUCCUCCUCAAGUACACCAUGGAAAAGUGGAAGGAACCGACCAUUCAUGGGGCUCGAGUGUCAGCUACAGUUGUUUCCAUGGUUACCAUUUGUCCACUCCUGCUGUGUUAACCUGUGAGGGGAACGGGACGUGGACCGGAGACGUACCACAGUGUUUGCCUGUCUUGUGUGGCGAUCCUGGCUCUCCUGGAGGUGGAUUCAGAGAGGGGAACAUAUUCUCUUACAGGUCGGAAGUCAGGUUCUACUGCCAUACCCCAUACCUGCUAGUAGGAUCUGCCUCCAGAGUCUGUCAAGCUGAUGGAAUUUGGAGUGGCAAACAACCAGCCUGUAUAGAUCCAGCCUUCAACAACUGUCGUGACCCAGGAACUCCAGCCUAUGGUAUCCCAGUCAUGGGCCAGGGCUUUCAAGUUGGCAGUAAGAUUUCCUUCAAGUGUCGCAAGAACUAUCACAUCAUUGGCUCCACUACAAGAACGUGCCUAGAAAACCUAACCUGGAGUGGAACUCAACCUGAGUGCAUUGCCCAUUCAUGCAGACAGCCAGAUACCCCCAGUAAUGUAGAUGUUAGAUCUAUGGACCUGCCUACCUUGGGAUAUACGCUGAUCUACACCUGUCAAGAUGGUUUCUAUCUGGCUGGGGGAUCAGAGCACAGAACCUGCAAAAGUGAUGCGAGAUGGUCGGGCAAACCCCCGCUCUGUAAAGUUGGAGUGAAAGUCAAUCCCAAAGGCAGAGGAGAGUCGGAUGUCCAGAAGAACAAGAUUCGAGUUCCAGUGGAUGUGUUCUCUCCUAACUCUGAGUGGAGCGGUUUUUACGAGUAUCUAGGAAAAAGACAAGCCACCACAUUUACAGUGACUGGGUUCAACGCUACCAGCGGCAGAGUCAACGUCACAUUACUGGAAACCAGCGGAGUGUCAAUCAGACUGUCAGGUACCUACAAGUCAGAGGAAAACCAGCUGUUGUUGAAGGUCUACCAGGUAAAGGGGCCGACGGAGCAUUACUACAGCAAAUUUAAAAAUGACAACUGGGCUGUGGAUGGAUACGUUACUGCAGAAUCCGACCAGAAAACUUUUGUCUACCAGGGGCACAUCCACAGUAAAGACUUUGGCAAGUUCCAUCUGACAAGGCAAGGCCCUGUAACUAUGGCAAUGGACCCAUCCAACCCCUACACAAACAGCAGCUCUGUGGCAGCAGCCAUCUUAGUUCCUUUCUUUGCCCUCAUCCUGUCUGGAUUUGCCUUCUACCUCUACAAGCACAGGACAUUGUCUGCUGACACAGAUGACAAUGAGAGACCAAAAGACACCUGGGGGCCUGGCGGCAGGACGCGUCCCAAGGUCCAGUUCAAUGGCUAUGUUGGCCAUGAGAGCUCCAAUGGUCAGGCAUCAUUUGAAAACCCAAUGUAUGACACCAACAUGAAACCCACAGAGGCUAAGGCAGUUCGAUUCGAUACCACACUCAAUACAGUCUGCACUGUGGUAUAGUCUUACAAACGUGCCACUACCUACACAGUGGUUUAGUCCAACCUCCCUGUUGCAGUCCGCAGUGUGGCUUAACCAAACAGAGAAGAAACAAGAAAACUAAUGAUUUGGACUUGUCACCGUCAGCAGUCUGUGUUGUAGCAUGCUGGUCCUCUGUCAGCAUAUUCUGCAGAGUUAUGCAGCUCUGCUUCACCUCCUACCUGAACAACUGUAUCAUCCACUUCUCCCUACAGUCCAAAAGAACAAAAUAAGUUUGAACCAGUACACAAGGGAGAAGGCAAUGGCGUCUUCAAAUGUGUUAUUUAGGAGAUCAAUUCUGGGACCAGAAUUCUUCUUAAGCACUGUUGCUCUUCAGACACCAAUGAAAAACACAAAAAAUAUGGUAUGUAUGACUAAUUGAACUUCCUUCAAAAGCAACAACCUCAUGCAACAGUGCUCGUCCUGUGUAAGUUGACAAAACCUCCUUAUGGAAAGGGCCAGAGUAACAUGGCCCUCGAAUACUCUCCGUGCAACCUGAAUGGCGGUUAACCCAACCUAACCCCACACUCCAUGCCAAGUUUGCACAGUGGUAAUAGGCUAACUCUUAAUUUACUAACUCCCCUGAUGCAGGCCACACAUGGGUGUGACCAUUGCAAGGUUAUACCCUCAGGGGGAAGCACAUACACUAUUCCACCCUUUAGCCCCCUCCACACAUUGAACAGUGAUUGGAUGGUUCCUAUAUGGGAACACAAAAUUCAUCAUUGGUGCUGGACCAAUAACCUCCCACUGGACUUAACUCUGGACUUGACAGGACUGGACUCUCUGACCUACAGUAUUUACAGUUUACAGAGUCUGUUUUGGUGGAAGCUGAUAUCAAUAGUACAGACUGCUGUAAAGUUGACAACCAAAUGCAGUCAAUACAGUGACAAGUUCAACCAGACCAAUUCCUUUAAAGAAAAUGAUAUUCUCAUCCAGUACUGGAUACUAUUAGAUUAGUACUAGGAGAGGUUGACAAGCCAAGGUCAGCUAACAGCUGCAGAUAUGUUUAAAAGGUUUGUUUUAGCCUCCUUGGAGAACUGAAUGGGCUAGGUUUAAUAUAUCAGGACAAUCACAGAGUUAGGUAAGUUAAGGUGUCAGUCAUUCCUGUGAUUGUCUUUACCUUCUGCCACUUAAUGUAUUGCCUAUUAUGACAAUGUCUACCUACAUUAUUUGGCAACUAAUUUAGGCUAAAACAUACCAGAUUUUAAUACGAGAACCUGUGAACUAGUUCUAGAUGAGUUUUGGACAUUUUCAAAUAUUCUAGAAAGGUACUAUACAUCUAAAUCAGUCCUAUAUACAAUAUUCCACACACUAGCACUAGAUAGACUGUGCUGAAGCAGAAAACAAGACUUUUGAGUUGCCGGGCUGGUGUACACAAUGGACUGGUUUCCAGAGGCCUGUCUAACACAAUCAAAGAGUCAGACAACUAAUUCUUGUUCUUGGACUAGCCAGGAUUAUGUGCUUGGUGGCUGAAGAAGUGGAAGCCUGGAGGCAGUAAGCUGUCAAGAUCGUCAACUGCUGCAAUCAGCUGUGGCCAAAUCCAGGAAAUGAUUUGUCUUCUCGUAACUCCGGUCGGGAUUAUCAGUCAAGUGAAGACUGAUUUGUUUUCUACAGCAUACCCUCCAGCCACAAAAUCAGACAUAGGUUAACAAAUUAACAGACAGAUUGGUUGACUGGCAGAAAUAAGACAGAUGGACACGGACAAACGGACAGAUAGACACCUCUGUCAGUCAUGCUGGAAAACAGGCCGCUAUGGAAACAGAGGCAAAUAGUUGUCUCUGUUUGUCUCUUCUGGCAUUUUUCUUCAGUGAAGAUAUUGAUGAACAGACUCUAUGUUCAAAUACCCAGUGGCCCCAUGGGACUUCCCAAACCACUGUUGCUGGGGACCCCAAAAUAUAAACUUUAUAUAAACUCCUAAACCGCACAAAUUUUGCACUAGUGUGUUUUUUCUGACUGGGUUAUGAAAAAAUGAAUAAUUUUUGGGUCUGAAAUGGAUUUGAAAAAUAAGUGAUUCAAAAGAGAUGAUUUUAUUCAAAAACUUUUAUCUUUAAAAAGAUGGCAAAAUGACAAAAUACAGGGUUUCAGCGUGUUUGUAAAUACACAUUUAUAUUUCACACUCCCUGUUCGCAGAAGGUGUGACCACAUGCUAUACCGUUGUUUAUUUUGUUGCCAUGCCAACAUGCUAGUCAAUCCGAAUUACCCAUUGACCUCUGAGCUUCUAGUGUCACUUAAUGACAAUUUAUUCGCCAUUUGUAGAACAGUGGGUGUUUCUGAGAGCUCAUACUGAAUACUGUUACUGCUGUAAUUUGUGGCAGAAAUAUACAGAAAGGGUCACAACCACAGCAAUACAGCACGAUGCUGCUAGUUUUAUUUGCAGGCAUUAUACUCCAUCUUUUUCUGAGAUACUGUACAGUACUCUUAAGGUAUGCUACAUAGUACUAAUACUAAUAGUAAUAAUAGUUAACAAACAGUGUGAGCUAUCAGAAACAACAUGUGACUGUUUCUCUAACUCUCUUUAAAAAGAUGUGUUGCAAGUGUCCCCAACUACUCACAUUAUCAUGCAUCAUCUUUCAACACAUUUAACAUAUCUGAUGCACAUGAGCUUAUUUCAACACACCUAUUUAAAGAGCUCACAGCAUAUUUGUGAUCUGUUCGAGAAUUGGUCAUGUAAGGCAGAGGACAAAGAGAUAGAGUAUGUAGACAACAUGCACAAUUAUUGUUGUCGACAGUUGUGCCCAGAGCCCCUUGUUUGAGAAAUACCUCGUGUGCAGAGAGUGUAAGUUACAUCCUGCUUAUUAAUGCUGGAACCUCAUUGCAACAAAUACAUAAGCUUAGCAAGUGCGACUUAGCACUCAGCAUUUCUGGACAUUUUAAGUCAAAAUAUCAUGAGUCUACAGGAUUCAAAAAAUGCAUUAGUUUCAAAUCACUUGCCAAGCUUGUUAUUUCUCGCAGUGUUCUCUCAAAAUAAUUUUAUUUUUCGAAAGAUGCUGCAGUUGGUUGAAAUCACAGAUGUUACUGCUUUGAGUGUGUGUCUUACAGUGUCUUCAGGCCUGUUUCUUGUUUGUUUCACUUUCCGUGCACACCAUUCUGGCAUUACACUUAAGGCAUUUGCUUUAACCUGCAUGACAUACAUGUUCAUUUCAUUCAUUUUUAUUCGUUCAACCUUAAUUUGUCAUACUGUCUUACCCACAAACAAUAAAUAACAAAUACAUUAUUCACACUAUUGAUAACAAAUAGUGAGUAAAAUGUAUGACAUGUCAGACGAUGAAAACGUACAACUCAUACAAUGAAACACAAGGUCUAGUACAGCGUUAUAUUUCAGGCGAAAACUCAAUUCACUGAAAUCAGUUACCUCAAAUACUGAAAAGAAAAACAUUUGGUCAUGAGAAGGUUGUCACAAUCAUCUAUUUUAAAUUGUCAGCUCAUUUAAUUGAAAAUGGAUCUACUCCAGACCUGGAUGUUGCAAAUGAAAUGUCCUGAAACAAUUGGUGAUUGUGUUUGGAAGCAUGACUACGGUAUAUUGCUGGUAUUAUAAUAUCUAUUGUUAGCCUAUCAUCCACAGUCUCAGGCUCAUGGUCAUGGUCAGACAGCCAGAAAGACAUAUGGCAGAUAUGAGGAUUGUGUACGCACUAUAAUUCUAGUUUAAGAAGGCAACAAGACAGAAAGACACAUUCAAAGUCUUCUCACAGAAAUGAACAAGACAUCUGUAAACAACAGUAGACAGUCUGCUUACAAGAUAGUGAGCCUCCUCUCUUUUUAUUGCUGGAGUGAACCCCAUGCUUCUAUUUUAAUUGAUUAAAUUAAUUCAGUGGAGAUUUCCUAUGGCGCCAAGAGAGCAUAAUCGAGCCUGAAAAUUAGAGGCUGCAAGGUUUCCAAAGGUGUAAUAAAAGGUCUAAUUUUUAACAAUUAAUGACACAGAUCUGAUCCCCUAGUGUGCCCAAACAAGAAAAUCUAGACUCACUGUUGUCCCAGUUUAUCCUAGCAUGAAAGAUCAGAAUGGCAGUACAAGGGUUAGAUUUCAGAUUGUUUAGUGUGUGGGGAAAUGCAAAAGUGGCACACAUACCAUACAGUCUCAAGCUUAUAGCAGAAAUCUUAAGUUAUUACAAUAUUUCUGUAAUAUUCUCCUUGAUUCUAAUAUAUACAUGCUGACUUCAAUUUAGACUAAAGAUAUGCUGAGACAUGGUGGAGGUGCAACCAAAGUUAAAGUGAACCCAGGCCUUUUUUUUCAAUAUAUUAAAGGAUCUGUUUCAAAAAAAUAAGUCUUUGACAGGGAUCUCCAUCAUGUCUGUUUUUUACUCAAAAAGGAGACAAAUGUUGAGUUGAUAAUUAGAUAAUUAAUUUGCAUGACUAUUUAAUUAAAAUUAAAGGUGCAAUACUGACAGCGAGUGGUUAAAAUAGUUACUGCAGUACAAAUUCAAAAUACUGGAGAGUCGUCUCCACCGCCCCUUCCUCCCCAGACUCGAAGUUCGCAGCAGCCACAACAAUUUGCUAGAUGCUUGUCUCAGAUACAUUACUUCACAGCACAGCGGAGUAGCUAACGUUAGAUGCGGGCAAUAUGACAGUCAUAAAAGCUUGUGCUGACGCGGAGCUAUGUUCCCAAAUAACAGAAACACUUCCUUGGCUUAGAACUACAGUAGGAACCGCUAAAAAUUCCACAACCUCGCUGUCCUUUUCCACCAGACUGAAAUACACACUUUAUUGGCUUAGAAUUACGGCAACAAUUGCUAAACGCGCUGCUGACUCACCGUCCUGUCUUCCCAGUUUACGGCUCACUCUUUUGGCUUAAAAUGACUCACCGCUGUCGGCGAGAGCCAUGGCCCGCUUGCCUUUUCCUCCGGUAACGUUAGCAAUUAGCAGGGUUAGCAUGGCGGCGUUAGCCAUGACCAGUCGGGAAUACUUUACUGGCUGUGUCUCAAUUGUUUUUGCGAGUAUGAGUACACAAAUGUUAAAAUCAUACAAAACGCCAGUCCCUAGUAGCCGGUUUAAAUUAACCUGAAGCUAAUGCUUACCUGUUCAGGAGGAAAUAAGCCAACUCAUCAUUCUCAUUCAUUUUCAUACUCGUUUUUAUAGGUAUAUCUGGCAACCUGGCCUGGCUGUCAAACUGGGCAGUAACAACACACAGGCCAAAACCCAAACAGAAAUUUCGUCACAGAACGAACGGAAAUCACAAAAGGAGAAAAUACUGGCAUUAGCAUUGGCGUCAGAAAAGAUAGUAUUUUAACUUGGCAUCUUCCUUAAUAUCUGAUGAUGCAUUGGGGUCAUUUUUAGAUUUAUUACACUAA